CAUCCCCACCCCCCUCCACCCCGCACCUCCUCACAAACGCGUAUUGCCUCCUACGCCCCCGGAUCCACUGCUCCACCCCCCAACUCCGUUGCCACACGCCCUUGCACAAGCGAGCGAGCAACCAUGUCGCCGGCGGAGCAGACGCGAGACGAGAGCGUCUACAUGGCCAAGCUUGCGGAGCAGGCCGAGCGCUACGAGGAGAUGGUGGAGUUCAUGGAGCGCGUCGCGAAGGCCACCGGCGGGGCAGGGCCCGGGGAGGAGCUAUCCGUCGAGGAGCGCAACCUGCUCUCUGUGGCUUACAAGAAUGUCAUCGGGGCCCGGCGCGCGUCCUGGAGGAUCAUCUCCUCCAUCGAGCAGAAGGAGGAAGGUCGGGGCAACGACGCGCACGCCGCUACCAUCCGCUCCUACCGCAGCAAGAUCGAGGCCGAGCUCGCAAAGAUCUGCGACGGCAUCCUCGCCCUGCUUGAUUCCCACCUCGUGCCAUCCGCCGGAGCUGCCGAGUCCAAAGUCUUCUAUCUCAAGAUGAAGGGCGACUACCACAGGUACCUUGCAGAGUUUAAGUCUGGUGGGGAGAGGAAGGAAGCCGCUGAGAGCACCAUGAACGCGUACAAAGCUGCUCAGGAUAUCGCCCUAGUAGAUUUGGCUCCAACACACCCCAUCAGGCUUGGGCUUGCACUCAACUUUUCUGUGUUCUACUAUGAGAUCUUGAACUCCCCUGACCGUGCCUGCAACCUUGCAAAACAAGCCUUUGACGAGGCUAUAUCAGAGCUGGACAGUUUAGGCGAGGAAUCCUACAAGGACAGCACUUUAAUCAUGCAGCUCCUGCGUGACAAUUUGACUCUAUGGACAUCCGACACCAAUGAGGAUGACGUUGAUGAGAUUAAGGAAGCCCCAGCUCCAAAAGAAUCUGGAGACGGACAGUGAGGUGAAUGAAAAUAACAGUCUGUGCAUUGUUGGGGGCAAUGGAAGUCGGUCUUGGUUCUAGUGCUCAUACUGUUGUCAUCACUACCUCUGUUUAAUUAUGCACUUGAGAAGUUUCUGGGCUAUGUUUUUCUGGUGCUCAUAAAUGCUGGCUGGAUUCGUGUUUUCUUGUUCAAAUCUGGCCACAAGCAAAAGACCUGCUCUUUUUCACCAUUAGAAUGUUUGCUAUAUCUACCAUGUUUGGUGAGACUUGAUGCGACUAGACUAAUUUGCUGAAAUUGCGGUAUCCUGUUCA